UUGAGGUUCUCAACUUCUCAUUAUGUUUAUGGAAUGGAAUUUCUCAAUUAUCGGUAUAUUCCGAUCAGCUUGAUUGACGAUUAGCCUAAUUACAGGAUAUCAGUUGUUAGAAUAAUGACGUAAUAUAAUAUGGUGUAUAGAAAAUUGUGCUCAUUUUUUCUGCAUUUAUCAUAUUAAGAUAAAUGUUUAUGAAUUAUUUCAUCAGAAAUUUACCACGUUCUUGUAGGUUCUUACAUAUUCCUCACUUAAAACAAGUGAUGAUGAAUCAGAACGAUAAAAAAACGUAUGAGGAAGCUAUUCAUUUAUUGAAUAAAGUGCAAUCCAACAGGAACAACUUGGUAGCUACGAAAAAUCAAAUAAUAUCUAACAGUCAUUCAUCCAAACAAAAGCUAGAGCUUGUUGAAAAGUAUCUUGUUCGGAGUGGAAUAAACCACGAUGCUUUAAAUAAAUUACCUGUAAUACAUGUCAGUGGAACUAAGGGAAAAGGUUCCACUUGUGCAUUCUGUGAAAGUAUUUUGCGCCACAAUGGCUACAAAACUGGCUUUUUUUCUUCUCCCCAUUUGAUAGAAGUAAGAGAACGUAUAAUGAUUAAUGGACGGCCAAUAUCUAAGAGGACAUUCUCAAAAUAUUUCUGGAACGUUAUGGAUAAAUUGGAUUCCCACAAGGAAAAUGAGGAGGAUCUGCCGUUUUAUUUUCAACUCCUGUUUAUUAUGGCUGUACAUGUAUUUCUGAAAGAGAAUGUUGAUGUUGCUAUCAUCGAAGUUGGUAUUGGUGGAGAAUAUGACCCAACAAAUAUUGUUACAAAUGUUCCUGUGGCUGGUAUUACAUCUUUAGGCUUUGAUCAUACAUCAGUACUCGGGAAAACUAUCGAGAGUAUUGCGUGGAACAAAGCUGGGAUAAUGAAAAAGGGCAGUAAAGUUUUCACCGUUCCUCAACCUGAGGGUGCUUACGAUGUUCUUCAUAGACGAAGUAUUGAGAGAGAGUGUUUCCUUGAAGUUGUUAGAAAUGAAUGUUGCCUGAGUUGUAUACAAAAAUAUCCUGCCAGUAUUCAAACGAAUAUUAACUUAGCUAUUAAAAUAGCUGAAGAAUGGCUUAUUUCUCGACCAAAACAGAAUAAUUCAUUUUUGGAUGUUGAAAUACUAAAGAAAUCUAUUCAAGAUUGUAAAUGGCCAGGAAGGUACGAAAUACAACAAAAAGGAAAUCUGAGUUUCUAUAUUGACGGAGCCCACACUGUAGAAAGUAUAGAAAUCUGUAUGAAAUGGUAUUUAAAUGAGAUUAAGGACAAAGAAGGAGCAAAAGGUUUGAUAUUCAACCUAACAGGAGGCAGAUCAUGCGAAAAAUUUUUUGCAAUACUCAUGAAAUGCCAUUUUAAACAUGUUAUUUUUGUUCCUAACAUUGCUGAAUCUUCAAUUGAAAAAGCAGACAACAUAAACUUGGUAUUGCCUGUAGGUGAACAGCUUGACCUCUGCCACAAAUAUGAAGAAAAAUGGUUGAAUAAUAGUUCUAGGGAUGAAGAUGUACAAGUUUUUCCUUCUGUGAAGGAAGCAAUUGACUAUCUUCAUCAGAAGGGAAGAUGUCAUGUUUUAGUGACUGGAUCACUUCAUUUAGUUGGAGCUGCUUUGUCUUUGCUAAAUCCAGACUUGAAUGGAAAUUUAAAUGGCAUAAGCUGAUCCAUAAGCUAAGUAGAAUCUCUAUGCAACACAAUUUAUAAAAGCUUUUUUUAUAUUUCCAUAAGAUCUAAAUUUUCGAGUGUUUUUUACAUUUUGCGAUGUAUAUUUUUAUAUCGAAUUUAGUGUUCCUCUUUGACAACUGUUUUAUUAGACCUUUUGAAGUAUUA